AAGUUCCUCAAGGGCGACAGCGCCGGCGACCCCUGCGGGCAGCUCUUCAAGCGCUACCAGCUCUGCGUGCAGAAAGCAAUCAAGGAAAAGGACAUACCUAUUGAGGGCCUGGAGUUCAUGGGCCAAAGUAAAGGAAAAACUGAAAACUCCUCUUGAUGUUGGCUGUAUGGGUGCAGUCACUAAUAGGAGCCAUUGGACUAAGCACCAUCACCAGGUGUACCACAGAUGCCACCUGGAUGAGACCUUUGUUAAUUGCUUUAUAGGAAGUGGUGAAUGUUCUGCUUGUGAAAACAAACGGCUAAAAAGGAAAAAAAUAACCUCUGGAUCAUCAGCAGUGGUAACUGCUGCCUCCUUUCCAGUGAAAGUUGGUGGUGGUUCAGCAUUGAAUGGCUUAAAAAUCCAUGUGAUUUAACUUCCCACUGAAUGUACUCUGUAAUGGGGGAAUGCUGGUUGGAGUGGGCUGAGGUGGUUUCUUUGUGACUGAUUUAUUUUGCUUAUUUAUCUAGCACUUGAAAGUGUUUCAAAAGAAUAUGGAGGGGGUUGAUGUACUUUCUAUCAUCUCUAUGCUGCUGAAUUUUGGUGAAGAAGUUAGUUUCAUGUCCUCCUGAAUGCUGAAGGGCUUAAGCACUGUUUUGUGUCAGCUACAGAGAUGGUUUUAAAGCACUAGAGGACCUGCAACAGCUUGGCUAAAAUAAAUAUACCAGGUUAUAUUUUGUUCAAGUAGGUAACUGUGCAGUAGAGUCUGAUUGUGACCCCUUGGAGAGAUGGAAGUGGCCUGCUCAGCAGCUGAAGAGAAAACUUUUAAUGCAGAGGUUACUUCAGCCUCUUCUGAGAUACUGACACAUCCACAAACUUGAAUACCCUCUCCUUUAGCAUUACACAUCCCUGUGGUUUGAUCCUCACACAGGGAUGGAGCAAAGCUUGCCCCUCUCCUUACACCAACACAGUGAAAGAGUAAAAGGUAUUACGGCCUGGGGACAAAAGAUAAUUUCAUAAUUCUAAAAUUACAGUGAGGAAAAAAGAAAGCUUCACUCUCUGCUUUUAAUUAAUACUAAUCCUCUAAAGGUUUUACUUUAAAGAAAAUUUAAAAGGUGCAGUUCUCAAACAUUACAGCUGGCCUGUCUGCACCACAGCCCCUCACAGACCCCAGACACUGAGUCCUGUGGGCCUUGUGCAGAGGAUCAGGAACUGCUGCAGCCUGAGGCUGUUGUUCCUGUGCAGUCACAUACCCAGGUGAGCCACGUUCUUGUUCUCAGGUGCAGAGAGCUCCUACAGUGGGGUUAAACACAGCACUGAAAAAACAGGCUGUUGCCAAAGUGCUGUGUCACUCAGGUUUGUGUCACUCAGAAUAAAAACAGGCCAAAGAGAAGGAUCUGUAAACAGCAUCUUGAAGACAGCUGAUGUAUUUUUUAAGGAAUAACACACAAAACCAGUUUGCUUUUCUAUGAUUUUCAUGUGGGGCUAAAUGUGACUUUGUCAGCUUUAAAACAACUGUGCCCAUCAGUGCCUUGUACUUUCAGCACAGGGAACCUAGUCUCAGCAAUCUUUUACUGGUAAGCAGACAGGAAAAAAAAAAUCACAUGGAAACAUGGAGAAGGGCAUCUUGCAGUACCCACUUUGAUUCUCUCUUGUCAUCCAUCACUCCUUUCAACAAGAUGCCAAAGCAGCUGCUGUGUUCUACCUUUUGGGGAGAACCACAUUAAUGAUAGCUGAGAUAGAGCUCAGUUUGACAUCGUGGAAAAUAUAUACAAGUUACAGUAAGAACUGGGAAAUGGUUGAAUUAUAGUGAGCAAAAACUUGAAAAGAAGGUGGUGCUAGCACAGGUGUUGGCUCAUGUAAUCCCUUCUACUUCAAGCAGCUUCUGCAUGACACAGUACAUGUCACACAUGUUACAGAAGCAGUAGAGCCAAAAUUGUGUUUUCUUCUGCAAAAGCUGUGUGAGACUUUGUACAGACUGCAGCUUUAUGGAAAGCAGAGUGGUGAGCAGGAUAUGUGCUGAUGUACCUGAAAAAAGAGCUGAAGGUGAAGUGUGAAGGCAAAGCUUAGCUCAACAUCUUUGCUGCCACUCCCUCUGCCAGAAGGGACCAAGAGAAAAUCACCUUCAUGACUGUUAAUAAAUAUUGCAAAAUGGA